AUGACGUCAGUGUACAUAUGAAGGUGUACAAUCAUACUCAGCUGAGACUGAAUAUUAUGCCUGUAAUUUUGUAUCAGCGAAUCUCAACAACAGUGCCAAAUCGAAAGCAGGAAAAGUAGGGUAUAAACUUGCUCUAUCAAUUUAGAGGACAGAGUACUAUUCAAUGUGAUUGCUAGAAGAGAACGAUUCUGUUUUUAAGAAAAGGAAGUAAGUAGGACACUGCCGGGGAGAACUGUCCAGUGUCGGGAGGCCCGACCCACCUCGGACUCGAGUCGGAGUGAGCUCGCUCGUCGUGUAGAACCUGCACUUGUGAGUUGUGCGGUGUUUGGCUUGUAUUUUUUGUAACGUGGUUUAAUUCUACGAGAAAGUGAAUUGAAUCGGUUCCAUUUAUUAUAUAGCUGUACACCUUCAUUUGUUUCCUUUAGUGAACAGUUUUUGUUGCCCUAGGCCCCUAAAUAAUUGAAGAAAAAAUGAGUGGAUUCAGUAUAUUCGGAAAGAAGACGAAGAAGGAGCAGGCUGUUUCUUCUGCAGAAGCUAUCCAGAAACUGAGAUCAACAGAAGAAAUGCUUAUGAAAAAGCAAGAGUUCUUAGAAGGAAAGGUAGCAAAGGAACUUCAAAUAGCAAAACAGAAUGGAACAAAAAAUAAGAGAGUUGCUAUUCAAGCACUGAAGAGGAAGAAAAAGUACGAGAAGCAACUGGCCCAAGUUGAUGGAACAUUGACUACAAUAGAAACACAGAGGGAUGCACUAGAAAGUGCUCAUUCAAAUGCAGAGGUCCUCAAGAAUAUGAAAUAUGCAAGCACAGCAUUAAAAACAGCACAUAAAGAAAUGGGUGUUGAAGAUGUGGACGAUUUAAUGGCCGAUGUCCAUGAACAAAUGGAUAUAGCAAAUGAGAUUUCAGAUGCCAUCUCAAAUCCAAUAGGUUUUGGAGCGGAUGACAUUGAUGAGGAUGAGUUGAAUGCAGAACUUGAAGAAUUAGAGCAAGAAGAUUUUGAUGAGAAGAUGCUCGAUGUUGAGAUAGAAUUACCACAAGUACCAAGUGCAUCAUUACCAGCUACUAAAAAGAAAGUUGUUCAAGAAGAGGAAGAUGACAUGAGGGAGCUUGAACAGUGGGCCAUGUAGAAAUCGUCUCGUCCAUUGAUCAUACCCUAUUCUGCUUUCUGUAGAGGAUCAAUCAACAUAAGCAACCAUUUGACAACAGAGUUCUGGGCCCCGUCUUACAAAGAAUUACGAUCGAUCCGAUCAAUUAUAACUCUGGAUAUCCAUCAGUGUCAUAAUUUUUUCUACAGGAUAUUUGCACAAUUUCCUUUGUAAACAAAGAGAAGCACAGUGAAUUUUCAAGAAAACAAUGAAUGCAUGAAUAUACAUCAAAUAUUUUGAACAAACAUGCAUAAUAGAUGUUGACGUUGCUGGCCGUCCAUAGUUGUGAUUGAUCGGAUCAAUCGCAACUCUUUGUAAGAUGGGGCCCAGGCUUUGGAUACGGGCAACCAGGCUCCAGAGGCAAUAUGUUAACUUGGUGACUGUUGAACUCUAUGAUUCCCAUAGGGUUUUGGAAAGGACAUCCGGUUUCCAAAGGGCAAUGGGUUAACCUAUUGACUGUUGAAUUCUGUAAUAUCCAUUUAGAGUUUGGACAGGACCACCUGUUUCCAAAGGGCAAUGGGUUAAGCUAUUGACUUCUGAAUUCUGUGAUUCCUGUAGGCUUUGGACAGAACAACCAGUUUCCAAAAGGCAAUGGAUUAAUCUAUUGUCUACUGAAUUUUGUGAUGCCAUUAUAUUUACAGAUGGACACUCACUAGGUAAUAAGUUAACCUGUGGAAUACUGAAUUCCGUGAUUCCCCUAGUUGCAGAGGAAUAAUCAGUAGGCGAAAACCUGUUGUCUUUUGUGAUUCCAUUGGAUUUUUUAAUAGAAAAACAUCCAGUAGGCAAUGGGUUAACAUGUUGACUUCUUUAACACCCAUAGGCUUACCACAGGGAUAAGCAGUAGGCAGUGUGUUAACCCAUUAACUUCUGAAUUCUGUGAUUCCCAUGGGCUUUGCACAGGGUAAACCUGGUUCUAGUAGGCAGAAGAUUCAAAGAAUCUAUGAAUGUAUUUUGGUAUUGUGAUUCAUUAAUGACUUGGCUCUUUGUCAAGGCCAUUAUUUCCCUCAUGUAAGAGAAAAAUAAAUGCAGUUGGUUGAUCCUCUUAAUUACAUGUAUAUCUUCUUGAGAAAUAAAGUAUAUGAAUUUGUUUAGUGAUAAUGGUUAUCAUGGUUUUUGACACUGGAAUGUAUUUUUAAUAGAGUAGAGGGGGAGUUUGUCAACAUAAAGAAUAAAUGUGAAGCGUUCUUCAUGAGGAAAACAGAAGCUGCUAUGUUUGUAAAUGUGUAGUGGACAUGUUAAGCUUUUUGUACAGAUAUAAAUUUAUUUUAUCAAUAAUAGCUUCAUUAAAAUAUAUGACUUGAAAGGUUUAAAAGAAAUGAGGGAGGGGUGGGGGUGCAAAUUUCUGUGAAAUUGUUUCCAGACCUACAUUUUGCUGUACGUGCUCAUUCUACCCUGUUAAUGUUAUGAACAAUGUUUUGUUUGAAAAUAGUCACGUGGGAGAUUAGUUAAUGAAUUUACACCACUCUGCCUUGUCAAAAGGUAUUAUUCUUUUAUUUACACUUGACUUUCAGUUUCAUGUACAUGUAUGGUAAAGUGAUUCAUUGUAUUAUUUGGGUUUUUAACUAGUAGUGUGGUAUUGUCAUAAAGUACUAGGAACAUUACGUUUGCAAUCGAUACAUUUCUUCCAUAGAUAUUGAAAUGUUGUGAGGAAAUGUACAUGUAAUAAAUAAGGACUUACACUCUUUUGACCUUGUUAAAAACAUGAUCCUGAUUUCUAACAUUGCGACAUGUAUUAUGUGGUCUAGUUUAAAAGAAAAUUCUAGAAAGGAAAAAAAACGCUCUUUCCUCAUUUCAUUUAUUAACCAGGCUUAACAGUGGAAAUUACUACUCUUAACAAUUUCAACUACAUGUAGGCCCUACUGCUAUUCUUUUCAAUGCACUGAUGACUUGAUGUUAAAUGAACCCUUAAAUAUCCAGUUGGUGCAACAAUGUUUCAUUAGUGGUGAAAAAUUAAUCUCAGAAUCUAUCCGUUGUUGUAUGAGAAGUGUUAUGAAGCGGAGCAAAUGUUCAGGCAGAUAACAUGAACUACCGUACAGUUAAGCAUGCAUAAGUCAAAGUAAUUUUUCAAACCUGGUGGGUGUUUCAUAAAGCUGUUUGUAAGUUACGAGUGACUUUACAAACUACCGGUGAUUCUUUCUUACAUGUAGGAGCUAAAUCAACACCAAUGAAAAAUCUGGUGCACAUAAUUUAGCUCAAGAAAGGAUCACCAGUCGUUAAUACGAAGAGCUUUAUGAAACACCCACCUGGGUGUUGUUACUGUAUGUUGGUAAGGUAUGCAUAACUAAAACGAAUGGCAGGAUUAAUUCCUUGAAUGCACUGAGCGUUGAAAGGCAGCUCGAGCUAAAGCUGGGAUAAUAAUGAUAAUAAACAAUGCGCCUCUGAAUAGAUUAUUUCUAGAUAGAUGGCGCUUCAAAUAUGCCUAUUAUUAUCAAUAUCUAGUGCAAGAACUCUUCACCAGCCGUGCACGAGUUCAUGCGUAACUUUUGAAUGGCUUCGUGAAACAGCUCCCAGAUUAUACAAAACAUGGUAUUUACAUGUACUUCCUUUUUAAGUGGAAUUUCCUUUUUAAGUGAAAUUCCUUUUUAAGUGAGGAUAUUUCUGUUGUCUUUACCCCCAAGAGAUCUGACUGGGCAGAUUCACCUGUAUUCACACUGUACACAUCUUUACGAUCAGAACUUGGUCUCACUUAAUGAUAUGGAAUCUGUUUUCAGAUUGUAUACCUUAAAUAUGAAAUGUAUCAUACUCCAUGUAUCUGCAGUAUAUGUGUGAUGGCUUUUUUUGUUGGAUAUUUUGAAACAUUCACUUUCCAAAGUUUUGGAAGAUUGAAGUUAUGUACAUGUAUUUUUUUCUACCAUAUCACAAUUAAUAUAUGUGAUUGAGUUAUACUACUGGAAAAAAAUAAACCAUCCAUCGUAUAGGUAUAUUGUUGCUAUGUAUUAUUUGUAUGAUAUAUUUAGAAGCUAUAAUACAAGUACAUUGUAAUAUAACACACCAUCAUUUCAGUUGCAUAGAUUCCCAUUAGUGCUGCUCCUCAAAAGAGGCCUUUUGAUAGUGUUGCCUUUGAUUAAUAGUGGAUUCAGUGCUUUUAUACAGUAAGGUACCGUAUUCACCCAAAGCUUACCUCUUUAGAUGAUUUUCAAGUUUUUAACAUCCAAGAUCUGUUUAAUAAAAUUGAGAUAUCAAAGUAUAAUCAAAUUCAGUGUAAAUGGUAACACAAAUUUUGAAUAAUUAUAAAUUAUUUCAAAGAUAAUCAACAUGUGUCCCUCUUAUAUUUUUUGCCAGCACUUACCCACAUACGCAUACACUUUUAUUAUUGUAUUUUUGUUUGCAUAACUUAUAUUCAAUUAACCAUGGUACAUGUUUAAUGAUAUAGAAUAGGGGAUACCAUUCGGUACAUGUUAGAAUAGCACUCAUAUUUCUUUCUGUUAACUCAAAAAUUCACUAGAUAUGGUAUGAUUACUUGUAAAUAAAUAAUCUUUAUAAUGUGA